ACUUUAUUUGCUUUCUUUGCUAUGGUAAACUGGCUAUUCCGGAAAUUAUACUUGCGUUUUAACAGAUUAUUUAUAUAAUCAGUCCACUAAAGAAAGAGUGGAGCAGAAACUAUCAUAAAUAUAGUCUCAUUUUAUGAAUUGCAUAACCAAACUUUUCCUUUACAAUAUUUCAUGCAGCUUUAAAAGUAUAAAUUGCUUUCUCAGAAGAUAAAAUGUGAAACAUUCAUUAGAAAUUAUCUGAAAUUGAUGCUAUUGUUAAAACAUAAAAUCACAUAGGUGGUCAUUCAUAGAGUAUCAAAGAUGUCUCUGGAGAAAACAUGACACAUACCCAGGCAUCAAACAAAGUUUUAUGAAGAAAAAAAAAUCCUUAACCUAAAAGUGACAAAAUAACACGUUUAUUUUACCCCAUGAGCUGAUAAUUCAAAGCGUAAGAUGCUCUAUGAUCUCACUUCUAUGUGGAAUCUAAAGAACAAAAUAAAAAAAUAAACAAAAAAUAAAAAAUAAAAGCAUAAGGUGCUCAUUUAAAAAUGCAGCCUCACUUGUUUGUGUGUAGCCUGGGUCAAAUAUCCUUUGUAUUAGAAAGAUAAAGAAAAAACCAAUCACAUGUAAGUACUUCUGUAUUUCCCCAAAAGGAAGAAGAACAUUUAAAUAGUUGAUAAAUUUGAAAAGCUGAUUAUACAUAAUAAUCACCAUCUUAGGGGAGCACAUAAAAAUCAAAUAGAUUGUACAAUGUGACAAAGUAGCAUGACAACUGUACCAUUUUAGAAAAAGAACGUAAAAAGGCAGGAGUUAAAAGUAAAUAAUUAACAUCUUAGAAAACCAUCCAUGAGGCAGGUCAGAUUCAUUUUCAACAUGUAAAAACAACGAAGAGUAGAGGCAUUAAAAAAGAACCACAAAUUUUUCAUCAGGCAAAUGUUACAAUGUCUGAACCUAAGCUCAGACGAAAAUAUACAGAAACAGAGUACAGGCCAAGUCGAAAUGCGCAUGAGGCAUUGCAUCCUGUAGCAAAUUUGAGAUACGUAGAUAUGCUUAACUCUGUAAAUUUAAAAAAAUAUAUAUUGGGGGGGUCUAUUUUGGUGCGUGUGCACCUCUUGCAAUAAAUUUGAGUCAGCACCAAUGACAGCUCUGCAGUCCUUCUAUGUGGUGCUGAUCAGGUGGUUGCAGAGCCUCCGCUCACAGCAACACAAUGCAGCUGAGCAGGCAAGCACAGCCCACAGCCAGAAGCGGUUCCUUCUCUCCAGAACAAGGCGACCUUUAAAGCUUAAGUGUCCCGGAGAAAAUGAGAUGCCGGUGCUGAAGACGACACUAUGGCUUUGAUGGAAUGUCAGAUAUUGACAAUGUCUCCCAGCCUGUUCAUCCUUCUGUUUCUCACACCUGGUAUCUUAUGCAUUUGUCCUCUCCAAUGUACAUGCACAGAAAAGCACAGGCAUGUGGACUGUUCAGGCAGAAACUUGACUACAUUACCACCUGGACUGCAAGACAAUAUUAUCCAUUUAAAUCUGUCUUAUAACCACUUUACUGACCUGCAUAACCAGUUAACCCGAUACACCAAUCUGAGGACCCUGGACAUUUCAAACAACAGGCUUGAAAGCCUCCCUGCUCAGUUACCUCGGUCCCUGUGGGAUAUGUCUGCUGCUAACAACAACAUUAAGCUGCUUGACAAAUCUGAUACUGCUUAUCAGUGGAACCUUAAAUAUCUGGAUGUGUCUAAGAACAUGCUGGAAAAGGUGGUCCUCAUUAAAAACACACUCAGAAGUCUUGAGGUUCUCAACCUGAGUAGUAACAAACUUUGGACAGUUCCAACCAACAUGCCCUCCAAACUACAUAUCGUGGACCUGUCUAAAAAUUCCUUGACACAAAUCCUUCCAGGAACAUUAAUAAACCUGACAAAUCUCACACAUCUUUACCUGCACAACAACAAAUUUACAUUCAUUCCAGAUCAAGCUUUUGACCAACUCUUUCAGUUGCAAGAGAUAACCCUUUACAAUAACAGGUGGUCAUGUGACCAUGAACAAAACAUCACGUACUUACUGACAUGGGUGAUGCAGACUAAAGCCCACGUGAUAGGGACUCCCUGUUCUAGCCAAAUCUCAUCCUUGAAGGAACACAACAUAUACCCCACACCUUCUGGAUUUACCUCAGGCCUGUUCACUGUAAGCGGGAUGCAGACAGUGGAUACCAUUAACUCUCUGAGCAUGGUAACUCAGUCCAAAGUGACCAAAAUACCCAAACAGUAUCGAACAAAGGAAACGUUUGGUGCCACUCUAAGUAAAGACACCACCUUUACCAGCACUGACAAGGCUUUUGUGCCCUAUCCAGAAGAUACAUCCACAGAAAUGAUCAAGUCACACGAAGCAGCAGCUGCAACUCUAACUAUUCAUCUCCAAGAUGGAAUGGUUACAAACACGAGCCUCACUAGCUCAACGAAAUCAUCCCCAACACCCCUGACGCUAGGUAUAACUAGUGGCAUGCCAAAUAAUUUCUCUGAAAUGCCUCAACAAAGCACAACCCUUAACUUACGGAGGGAGGAGACCACCACCAGUGUAAAGACUCGCUUACCUUCUGUGGCAAGUGCUUGGAAAGUAAAUGCUUCGUUUCUCUUAAUGCUCAGUGCUGUGGUCAUCCUGGGCACCUGAGGGUCUGCAUUUUCUGAAACUAAUGAAAGAACUCCUCCCUGAUGUACAGUGGGGAAACUGUGCCCCUAUCUAACCAGUGACUCAAGCUCUAUUAAGUAUUCAAGAAAGCCAGUCUUACCUUUCUGACUCUGAUGUAAAUGAAGUAACUUGUCUUAAAUAAAAGAAGUGCACAAUGUCUUGGUACUUGCUGCUAUUUUACUGUCUUAAGUAAAACUAAUGAAUUCCUUUUUUUUUUAAAUGAAAUGUUUUCUUUUUAAGGCUUCAAUUCAUUGCACAAGAUAUAAAGCGUCUAAACUUUAAUAUGUAUUUUAUGUAUGUUUACACUGUCAAACACCUGGGAAAAAAAUAAAAGACCUAUGCUCA